UCCCUCCGUGUCCUUGGACCUCACCUCCUCCAUUCUCCAGCUGCGCACCCUCAGCGUCCCCUUCCCGAAGCGGAGACUACAGCUCCCGGCAUGCCCCGCGCUGUGUACGCCGGGAGUUGUAGUCCCCGCCACGUGGAAGAUGAGUCCAUCUCCCCACUCAAACCACAACUCCCACAACCGUUCACGUCGCCCGGCGCCAUCAUUGCCCCCCCGCGACUUCCGCGCAUGCGCGGUGCGGGCUGUUGUUGUGGCGGCGCGGCCGGCCGCGGCUUCACCCGGGCGGGAGCGAUGAGCGACAACGAUGACAUCGAGGUGGAGAGCGACGAGGAGCAGCCGAGGUUCCAGUCCGCGGCCGACAAACGGGCUCAUCACAACGCGCUGGAGCGCAAGCGCAGGGACCACAUCAAAGAUAGCUUCCACAGCCUGCGGGAUUCCGUGCCCUCACUCCAAGGAGAGAAGGCAUCCCGGGCCCAAAUCCUGGACAAAGCCACAGAGUACAUCCAGUACAUGCGCCGGAAAAACCACACACACCAGCAGGACAUCGACGACCUCAAGCGGCAGAAUGCACUGCUGGAGCAGCAAGUGCGUGCGCUGGAGAAGGCCCGAGCCAGCGCCCAGCUCCAGGCCAGCUAUCCCGCGGACAACAGCCUCUACACCAACCCCAAGGGCAGUGCCAUCUCCGCCUUCGACGGUGGCUCCGACUCCAGCUCCGACUCGGAGCCCGACGAGCCGCAGAACAGGAAGAAGCUGCGCAUGGAGGCCAGUUAGGCCCCUCCGCCGCCCCCUGGCCUGCGGCAGGACUCGCUCCCUCCGCUCCUAGAAGCUCUUGGACUGCAGCUUCCCAGCCCUCCCCGGCCCCUUCCCUGCUCCCACGGCGCCGGCCCCGGGGGGAGCUGGCCAGGCCGAGCAGAAAGACUUGGGGGGGGUCAGGGAGACUCCCCCGCCAACUCCUCUCCGCUAGUGACCCCCCUCCCCUUCCCUCCUGGUUUUAUAGGAGCAUUUCUAUUUAUACCCGGGGACCAGUGCAGUCCAGAACGGGGAGGAGCCAGGCAGCCCCCCCUAAAAAGGAGCAAGCACUGGGGGGGGGGAAAUCUCCCUAUUUAUUUUCUCCGUGUGCAACUCCACCUGCCCGAGUCGGCGGAGCACAGAGCCAGGCUUGGGGGCUCCUUCCCCAGUCCUCCCCUCCCUUGACCUUUCCCAACCUCCAUGGCAUUUUCCAAACUCCAGUGGCCCGUCCCUGACCCGUAGGUGCCCCUUUUUCCCCCCAUUUUGAUGCCAUUCCAUGGAUCUAAGGUAUGUUGUACAUACUGCCCAGAGUUGUCUUGCAAGUUAAGGCUUCCCUUUACUAUAAGACUAUAAAUAAUAAACAAAAAAAGCCAAAA